AUGUCAGCGACACAGAAAACACUCGAUACUGCUACCAUCCUCAUUACGAGCCCGAUAGCCUCACCGCUUCUAGGAAUCAACCCCGCCCAGAACCGAUGCGGCGAAGGAUAUUGCGGCAUCUAUGGCGGAUCCGCCAAACUCGAAUUCUGCGGUGAUUGGGGCGGGUAUUCCAACUAUUGUUGUUCGGGACUCGGAAUCGCCUUUGGAAGCCUCAUGCCGGUUCCGCAGUACCCUUGCGAAGACGUCCCAGGUCUCACAGAUACACAAUUUGAUCAAUUCGGAACUGCCGCCAUACCUGUAAACCUGGAUUGCCCCAACGGUACAAUCGCCGCUGACGUCUACCCUGAUACCGGCGAAUAUGCUUGUUGCCCGCGAAACGAAAUUGGCGUUGUGAGGCUACAGGUUAUUAAUCGAGCCACGGGGGCGGUUGAUCUGCAAGGUAUUCGAUGUUUUGAUCCUAAAAUCGUCAAGCUCGAGAAUAUGAGAUCGACCACUACAGGCGGCCUUGAACCUACUCCUACGACUGAGAGUUCGAGCUCUAUGGAUGGAACUUCUUCUUCUUCUUCCUCUGCUGCGACUAUGACCGAUGAGACCUCGGAGUCGUCAAUUGCGACUCAAUCUUCUGUUUCUAGAGGUCAGACCACAACCAUGGCGGGUACAACGAGUACAGACUCGCUACCUGAGCCGUCCUCUUCUAGUUCCGAGGAUCUAGGCUCUCCCACUGAAUCUUCUCCAACAAGCGAAAGCCCUGCCACCAGUACUCCAACCCCAAAUUCCGCGUCGAAUGGUCUUUCAAAAAUGGCAUCACUUAUGUUUGGUACAGCUGCGCUAGCUAUGGUUAUCGGCGCGCAGUUGUAG